GGGGAACAAAGCGGAGCGGAAAAAUACCCGAAAGUUAGAUUCAAAUUGACCUGAUAAAUCUUUUAGCCUAGGGUUUCUUUCUAUCUCCGGCGUGCACCGGUAAAUCGAAUUGGUUCCCGGAAAUACUCGGUUAGUUCUGUGGAAUUGUAAGUAGUUUGAUCAAUUAAAAGAGAAAAGAUGCAAAGCGGAGAUGAAGUUAGCAUUGAAGAAUUGGCCUCGAAUCUCUCUACUUACAAAGAACAACUUCAGCAGGUGCGACAACUGUUACAUGAUGAACCAGACAACUCUGAAUAUAUUGACAUGGAGAAAGAGCUUGUUGAGGUAAUUGCCUUAACAGAAGAGCUCCUUGUAACUGCAAAACAAAGUGAAGAUGGGAUGGGUACCGGGACCAGUGCUGAUGCAUCUCAUGGUUUCCACCAUUCUGAGAAUUCUGAUAUGGAGUUAGGAUCAAUAUUGGACCAUGCUGAUAAGUUUCCUGUGGGCACUAAAGUACAAGCUGUUUAUAGUGAAGACGGAGAGUGGUAUGAUGCUACUAUUCAUGCGCACACUCCAAAUGGCUAUUAUGUCUGUUAUGAUGAAUGGGGUAACAAGGAAGAGGUGGAUCAUGCUAAUAUAAGACCAUUUGAAGAGGCAUCUGUCAACCCUUUAGUUGAAGCAGAAAAGAUAGCUGAGGCCACUAAACAAGCUCUCAAACGAAAGAUAGCUCAAGCUGCAUCUAGUGAUAUUCAAUCUCGAAGUUUGCCAGCAAAGCUUCUCAUUGAUCCUAAUGAUCCAGAAGAUGUGAAAGCUGCCAAAAAGAAAAAGAUUCAUGCUUUCAAGUCUAAGGUACGGAUAGAGCAACUUGAGGUUGCUCAAAACAAGAGGACAAACGCUUGGCAACAGUUUCAGUCAACUAAAGGCCAGACUAAGAAGGUGGGCUUUUUCUCUGGUCGAAAGCGUGAGAGCAUCUUCAAGUCUCCGGAAGAUCCUCAUGGUAAGGUUGGUGUAACUGGAAGUGGCAAAGGUUUGACAGAUUUUCAAAAGAGGGAAAAGCAUUUGCAUCUAAAAGGCGCAAAUUCUGAGGCUUCUGAUGAGUAGAUGUUGGUCUCCACACCAUUGUCCGUUCAUCUUCUGGCUGCCUUAUGUUUAGUAUGUUCUCUACCUAUAUGUAAUCUGAUGUUUCUCCCUAGUACAGAGUUCUUGAUGACUCCGCCAGGGUUUACUUUUCACUUUGUUUUUAUUUUUUCGUGUAUCGACCAAGUGAUUUUAGUUCCUGGCUUUAUCUCCUCGACUGGGUUGAUUCAUUCUCAUAGUCAUCUUAAUCUACUAUAAUUAUGUCA